ACUUCCAAACCCUAACUGUAUCAUCAAAGUACGAUGAAGCUGAGCACGGCAGGCGGUCCGAAGACUCUGAACUCAGAACUCCAUAACUAGAAAAAUAAAAAAUAAAAUAUCCAGUGAAACUGAUAAUGUUGGCCAGUGGCGGCUCCCUUUUUGCUCAUCAAAAUCUAGGGUUAGGGUUUUGCCCUUCCAGAAUUGUGAAGCUCUCCUAUUUCAUGCUAAAGCCUCCCUCUGUUGCAAUUGCUGACGGUCACAAUCACAGACUGCAACACCGGUUGGUUUCUUCCUCCACUCCCCAGUCGAGAUUCCCUGGUGACAUUUCCAUGCUCCCUGAUUCUUUCAGCCAACAGGAAGAUGAUCAUGAGCGCCCUCCUGAUGGAUUGUCUCCAGUGGCAGGAGGGAUAGUUGCACUGGGAAAGUUUGAUGCUCUUCACAUUGGUCAUCGUGAACUUGCAAUUCAAGCUUCAAAGAUUGGAACUCCAUAUCUUUUGUCAUUUGUUGGAAUGGCUGAGUUUUUUGGUUGGGAGCCUAGGGCUCCAAUUGUAGCCAAUUGUGACCGGAAGCGAGUUCUUUCCUCUUGGGCCUCUUACUGUGGUAAUGUAACACCCAGGGAAUUCCAGGUGGAGUUCUCAAGUGUUCGUCAUCUUACACCUCACCAAUUUGUCGAGAAGUUAUCAAAGGAGUAUAGAGUUUGUGGAGUUGUUGCAGGUGAAAAUUAUCGGUUUGGAUAUAAAGCUGCUGGUGAUGCAUCAGAGCUUCAGAGGCUCUGCGAUGAGUACGGUUUAGGUACCUUCAUAAUUAAUUCUGUCAUGGACAAGAAACAGGAUGUGAGACACAUAAACUCCUCUAAUUUAAAAGAGAGAGGACAAGUUUCAUCUACCCGUGUGAGACAUGCUCUAGCUGUAGGUGAUAUGCAAUAUGUGUCAGAGCUUCUAGGUCGCAGACAUCGUCUUUUUCUGGUGGUGAAAGACUGGAAAGAGUUAAUUAGUGCUGGCAGUAAAUAUAGGAUUUCAGCUCCAAAAUCGUGUUUACUAAAUCUACCACCAAAGGAGGGUUUUUAUGAGAGCUGUUCUCUUUUCUUUGGUGAUGAAGAGAAUCCAGUAACAUGUAGAGUAUUUAUUGAUACAACACAGAUCCAUCUAGAGUUGGAUCAGAACGAUCUUUGUGAUUAUCAUAAUUCUCAAGACUUUCAGCUCUUAGGUAUUGAGUUUGGUGACUUGACAUUUGAUUCUGUUUAAUUUAUCUGUCGCUAUUUUGUGUGCUUUCCUAAGAUGGUAUUCAUGGUUGAGAAGGUUCAUCCAGGUUAUAAAGAAAAGAAGGUAUAUGUUCUCCAUAUAAUAGGGGCCUGUAUUUGUUUAUGGAUAACAUUUGUAUCUUAUACAUCAAUUUUCAAUAUAGAAUGCCAGUCCUCUUCCAUUAUAUAAGGAAUGAACUUCCUUUUUGUUCUGAGAACUGGUAUUAUUUGAAACAAUGUAUCUCAUAGCUGAGUUGAAAACUUUGCUGAAUCUGGAGGGUUUUUGGAAAAGGCUUUUCUCAUUUGAUGUUCCCAUCCCCGAUAGAUGAGUUUCUGUUAGGCUGUAAUUCUUAUAUUUGUUUGUUCUUGAUUCUCAAUCACGUUGCUUGUGAUUUUUUCCAACAUUGGUGAUGAAUGGUGUUGUAAGACUAUUGAAGGGUAAACAAAUCAAAUAACCUCAUGGCAAUGAAUUAAUAUUUGACAUACUUGUAUCUAGUGCAACAUUUGUCAAGCUUGUAUUCUAUCUGAGCUCUCUCUGCUGCAAACACUGAAUAUAUGAAUACCUUGCUUUGGCAAUUGGAAAUUGAGUUUCUACCUACAGGAAGGAUAUUCUGGAUUCAGAUGCCUUGCCUGGAUGAAAGGUCUCAUCUUGCAACUACGCUGGGCACUACUCCAUUUUCUUCAAAAUCCACAUCAAUGUCAAUUUCUGCGUAUCAGGUACAACAAUAUAUACAGUCACCUGAGACGACAAGUCACUUUUUUUUUUUUUUUCUUUCUCUUUUUGGUAUAAGCUUCAAGUAACAUUUUAUAACAUUUUAGAACUGAAACAUGCCAGUCCACGCCUAGUAACUGCAAAGAAAGGAAUUACGCUGCUAUAUUGAUUUGGUUUGCCAAAAGAAAAUUAAAGAGUGGGUGAUCUGGAGUUGGUGUGCUAAAUGAACUUCAAUAUUACAU